UCCAUAAGGAAAGCAUCCCAGAAGGAUGAUUGUCACCAGCAGCGGAACGUCCCAUAAGAAUCGAAAGAUUAAGGAGCAAUGCGGUUCCUGUCCAAAUAGAUUCUCAAAAGACAAACGCCAAGCGGCCGCCGAGGACUCGGAUACCACGGAAGUGGAAUCCUCCACGGAUGAGGAAGACCGCUGGAAAGAGGUGGCAAGGGCCGCUGAAAUUCCGGCGGACUACUAUAACAUCCAGAAACUGGUGAAGUACAUCAAGGCGGGCAAUCAGACAGCCACUAUAGUAUCGUUGUGCUGCUUGAAGGACUACGAUCUGAGCACUCAGAUCAAUCAGUUCGCCAUCUCGGACAUCGGCGGACUGGAUGUCCUCGUUAAUAUCCUGGAGUGCAGCGACACCAAGUGUUGUUUGGGCGCCCUCACAGUUCUCUCGGAUAUCACACUCAACAUCGACAUAAGGAAGACCAUUGUGGAUUUGGACGGGAUUCCGUUAAUUGUUGAUAUCCUAAACUCCUCCAUGAAGGAUCUGAAGACCAUGGCCGCCGAGACAUUGGCCAAUGUGUGCAAGGUGCGUCUGGCCAGGAAGUAUGUACGCACCUGUGGGGGAAUCCCCAAGCUGGUGGAUCUCAUUGACAUCAAGUUAAGCAUUUUAAAGACCCCUCGUGACCAAUUGACCCCAGAUGAAUUGGAAUCGCUGGAUAUGACACGAGCUGGAGCCCGAGCCCUCUUCACCUUGGCCGAUUCUAAGCACAAUAUGGAGCAGAUGCGCAAAAGUGGAAUCGUUCCAUUGAUGGCCCAGCUGCUCAAGUCCUGCCACAUCGAUGUGGUCAUACCCAUAAUGGGCACCGUUCGCAAAUGCUCCUCGGAGCCAAAAUUCCAACUGGCCAUCACCACCGAGGGCAUGGUCCCAGACAUUGUUAGCCAUUUGAGUUCGGAAAACACGGAACUCAAGAUGGAGGGCAGUACGGCGAUCUCUAAGUGUGCCACCGAUGUGAAUACUAGGGAAUUGGUGAGAGAGGCUGGUGGCUUGGAACCUCUGGUAACGAUCAUAAAGGACAAGAAUGUGCGGGACAACAAGCCACUGCUGAGGGGAGCCACUGGCGCGAUUUGGAUGUGUGCCGUGACCGAUGCGAAUGUUAAGGUUUUGGAUCAACUUAGGACGGUUAAUCACCUGGUGGCCUUGCUGAAUGAUGAGUGUGACGAGGUCCUGACCAAUGUCACCGGAGCCAUAUCCGAGUGUGUGAGAUUCCAGAGCAACAGAGAGCAACUGCGACAGGCUGGUGGACUACCAGCCAUGGUUUCCCUACUUAACAGUUCCCAUGCCCCAUUGCUGGAAAAUCUGGCCAAGGGAUUGAAGGAGUGUGCCGAAGACCCGGAGAGCAUGCGAAUCCUGGAGGAUCUGGAUGCCGUUCGUCUGGUCUGGUCUCUUUUGAAGAACACCAGCACCAGGGUCCAGGCCCAUGCCGCUUAUGCCAUAUGUCCUUGUGUUCGAAAUGCCAACGACUCCGCUGAAUUGGUCAGGAGUUUGGUUGGCGCCAUGGAACUGGUGGUGGGUCUUCUCAAAUCCAAGGACAUUAUGGUCCUGUCUGCCGUUUGUGCUGCCAUAGCAACGAUCGCCCAGGAUCAGACUAAUCUGGCCAUCCUUACCGAUCUCAGGGUGAUCUACAAACUGGCCGAUCUCGUCCAGACCACAGAUGAUCUCCUGCGAAUGAACUUGGCAGCCGCCGUUGCCGCCUGUGCCUGCUUUGGCAAUAACACGGAGGAACUGGGACGCCUGCGCACUGUGACCCCAAUAGUCACCUACAUGACCAGCGACAAUCCUCUGGUGCAUCGCAGCACAGCCAUGGCGCUGGAAAAGCUAUCGAUGGAUCCGCAGAACUGCAUUACCAUGCACCAGAGUGGAGUGGUUCCUUUCCUGCUAGAGUGCAUUGGAUCUACUAACAAGGAGCUCCAGCUGGCCGCCGCUGGAUGUCUGAGGAAUAUCCGAGAGCUGGCUCUGCGAGCCGAGGAAUAUCUGCUUAAAAUCGACGAUGACUAGCUUUUGGAUUACAGUUUUUCGCUUUGUUGUGUUAUGUAAUUGCUAUUUGAAUGAAUAAUAUAAAUGCCA